AUGAAUGAUUGGCUUUACCAGGAAAUUGAGGUCCGGCAAGAACAGGGUGUGAUCUGUGGAGUAGACCAGGUUGUGGGAGUAUCAGAGCCCGGGGGUCCCGGGGGUCCCCCGCGCAGGAAGAAGUCCCGCUCGGGCCUCCGCCGCGCCUUCAGCUGGCUGCGGGUCAAGCGGCGCAAGAAGAAGGCGGCGGGGGCCGAGGGAGCGGAGCCGGCCGCCCCCCGGGCCAAGAAGGCGGACGACAAGGCCAAGAGGGCCAAGGGCAAAGGCCGAGGUUCUGCCAAAGCUGAGAGUGACAAACAGCAGAGUGCUGGGCCCGGCCAGGGGCCAGGGUCUGGAGUGGAUGAGCACCAGGACAAUGUUUUCUUUCCCAGUGGACGAGCACCUCAUCUGGAAGAGCUGCACACACAGGCCCAGGAAGGGCUCCGCUCCCUACAGCACCAAGAAAAGCAGAAACUGAACAAGGGUGCCUGGGACCAUGGAGACACCCAGAGCAUCCAGUCUUCCCGGACGGGGCCGGAUGACGACACCAUCUCCUUUUGUAGUCAGACCACAUCCUACACAGCAGAGAGCUCCACAGCGGAGGAUGCUCUCUCCAUCCGCUCAGAGAUGAUCCAACGCAAAGGCUCUACCUUCAGACCCCAUGACUCAUUUCCCAAAUCAUCCGGAAAGUCAGGGCGGCGCCGGCGGGAACGGCGGAGUACAGUCCUGGGGCUGCCACAGCACGUGCAUAAGGAGCUUGGCCUGAGGAUUGAGCGUGAGACACCAAGUACUCCUCAGCCUUCUGGUCCACGCGAUGCUGUCCGAAUCCCCACAGUGGAUGGUCGUGCAGCUAGUCUGGCCUUAGGGGCAGGAGCUCGAGUGUCCCUGCAGGAACUAGAGGCAGAGGCAGAAACAGAGGCUGGCACUGAUACCGAGGCGAUGCUGCAGCGUCACAUUGACCGUGUCUACCGGGAUGACACCCUCAUUGGCCGCUCCACAGGGGCCCGGCCCCCACCGUUGAUCCGGCCCAUGUCCCUAGCAGUGCCUGGACUGACAGGAGGGGCAGGGCCUCCAGAGCCCCUGAGUCCGGCCAUGUCUAUCUCACCCCAGGCUACCUACUUGUCCAAGCUGAUCCCACAUGCUGUGCUGCCACCCACAGUGGACGUGGUGGCCCUGGGCCGCUGCAGGCUGCGCACACUGAGCCGCUGCAGUUUACACUCUGCAAGUCCAGCCUCAGUCCGCUCCAUGGGCCGCUUCUCCUCGGCCUCGAGCCCACAGCCCCGCAGCCGUCAUCCUUCCUCCUCCAGUGACACCUGGAGCCACUCUCAGUCCUCUGAAACCAUUGUGUCGGAUGGUUCUACCCUCUCCUCUAAGGGGGGCUCUGAGGGCCAGCCGGAGGGCUCCGUGGCUAGCACUCAUGUGGCAUCCCCUCCCCAAGGGGGCAGUGGGAGGGGCUCCCCCAGUGGGGGCAGCACUGCCGAGGCCUCAGACACAGUCAGCAUUCGAAGCAGCGGGCAGUCGUCCUGCAGGAGUGUGUCCCUCCGCAAGAUGAAGCGGCCCCCGCCGCCCCCUCGCCGGACCUACUCUCUCCAUCAGCGGGGUUCCAUAGCUCCGGAUGGGCCCUUAGGGUUGCCACCCAAACCUGAGAGGAGGCAGCAGCCACAGCUGCCCCGGCCGCCUACCACAGGGGGUUCUGAAGGGGUGGCCGCAGCACCCUGCCCACCUAACUCAUCAGGCAGCUGGGUAUCUGGCUUAUCUCCAGGCGGCUCCCGGCGCCCCCCACGGUCCCCAGAACGGACACUUUCACCUUCCAGUGGUUACUCCAGCCAAAGUGGUACCCCCACCUUCCCUCCCAAGGGUCUCGCAGGUGCUCCUGCUUCCCCAGGCAAGGCCCAGCCCCCUAAACCAGAGCGGGUCACAUCCCUUCGAUCUCCCGGGGCCUCCGUCUCCUCUUCCCUCACAUCUCUCUGUUCCUCCUCCUCGGACCCUGCCCCCUCAGACCGCUCUGCCCCACACGUGUCAGCCUCCCUGAGUGACAGGUUUGUUAUCCCGCCUCACCCUAAGGUGCCCGCCCCCUUUUCCCCACCUCCUUCUAAGUCCAAGAGCAUGGACCAGGCUUCCUCUGCCCUGGUUCCCGGGACCGGCUCCACCACGGAUGCCAGUCCUGAAUCUUCUCCCACUCCCCAGACAUCCCUGACUCUACCCCAGGAGUCUCCUGUGGUCUCCAAAGAUCGUUCACCCCCACCCUCCCCACCCCCAUCUUAUCAUCCACCCCCACCACCUAGCAAGAAGCCCGAGGUGGCUGAGGAGGCCCCACCUGCUCCACAGACUACUGAGGAGGUCCCCCCAGAUCCUAGUUGGCCCCCACCCCCACCCCCUGCCCCGGAGGAGCAGGACCUGUCUAUGGCCGACUUCCCCCCACCUGAAGAGGCCUUCUUCUCUGUGACCAGCCCUGAAUCUGCAGGCUCCUCAGAGCCUGACAGCACCCUGGCUGCUUCCCCCUCCAAUGCCAUCGUUUCCCAGAGCCAGCCCCAGGGUACUGCAGACCCUCCUCCAGCCCCGCCAGCCCCACCUGCUCCACCUGCUCCACCUCUAGCUAGUUCUGGCCCAGAGAUUCUGGCCAAGCUCCCUGUGAAGGAGCCAGUAGGUUGUGUCAAGAGUGGCGGGGCACCCAGGGAAGAUGCGCCCCUGGUCACACCCUCCCUCCUGCAGAUGGUGCGGCUGCGCUCUGUGGGUGCUCCCGCAGGAGGUCCAACCCUAGCAUUGGGGCCAUCAGCUCCUCAGAAGCCGCUGCGAAGGGCCCUGUCUGGGCGAGCUAGUCCUGUGCCUCCGCCUUCCUCUGGGCUCCAUGCUGCUGUCCAGCUCAAGGCCUCCAGCCUAGCUGCCAGCGAGGCCCUUGGAAGUGCCCAGGCCAAUGGACCGCCCGAGGCUGUGCAGCGGUCUUCCCAGUCCCCUGCCUCCACAGCCAGCUUCAUCUUCUCCAAGGGCACGAAGAAGCUGCAGCUUGAGCGGCCAGUGUCCCCUGAAGCCCAGGUGGACCUCCAGCGGAACCUGGUGGCUGAACUAAGGAGCAUCUCUGAGCAGCGGCCACCCCAGGUCCAGAAGAAGGCUCCCCCACCUGUGGCUCGAAAGCCCUCUGGGGGAGUGCCCCCACCCUCUCCCAGCUUUCCUCAGGCUGAGUCCCUUACUGCGCCUUCCACCAAUGGGCUCCCUCAUGCUGAGGACAGGACUAAGGGGGACCUGGCAGAGAAUGGGGGUGUCAUGCAGCUGGCUGGUACAGAGAAGAUGAGCCCCCCAGGUUCAGACUGACGGAAAGAGCUGGUCUGAACCAUUACGUUCACUGGCACUGCUGACCCAUCCCAGGAACACAAUCUCAGGGACCUGAGCAGCUCCAAGGACAGAAGGAUAUGGCAGACACAACCUAAGAGGGGACGCCUGCAGCCUUAACCUCCACAGCCUUCCAUGUUUAUGCAAGCCUGGGGUUGCCCGCCCUCCAAGCCACCUGCUCUCAUGCCUUUUCCAGAAAGGAUUUGCCUCCAGCAGCUGCUUGCUUCCGUCUUGGCCUUAGCCUCAUAUUGAAGGAGGUAGCUGGUGAGAGUGGGUAGCUACAUUCCCUGCUGGCUCGAGGUCACAGGUUGGGGUGUGUGUGUGUGGGAGCAAAAACACUUCACGUGUUUAUUUUGUUUCAUGUCCAAAUCAUGCACAUACUGUAGUCCAGAAUCAAAGCACUUUUGCAAAGUGGCUGCAUGUCCAUCCUCCAGGGCUCGUGAAACCACAUUCCAAGGGCCUGUUUACAUGGUGGCAGCACCAGUCACCGGUAUCCAGCCAAAAGCUGGGACCAAUCUGCCCUUUCUUUCCCAAUCCAGUUGCUUCUUUCCUUAGUUCUUGGAGGUGGGCAAGUCACCCAUUCCCUCAGGCUUCCCCCCCAGGACAGGGCAGGAGUGGGGCUGUGGAAUUCCAAAGCACAAAAGGUGCAGUGGGACCUAGCCUUCCUGUGCCUCAACUUAACCACCAAGCACCCUCCUGCCUUCUAGUUCUGCCAGGUGCUCCAUGUAAGGGACAAGAAGUAGGAGAUUACCAGGGUCCAAGUAACUGGGGGAGGACCAGAGGGAAGGUCCCAAAAGGCACUGUCUUCAGAAAGUGAAAAAUAGAUUGGAAUACUACGUAUCUGCUCCUUUCGUUGAAUUGAGCUUGGCAGAGAGUACAGUACUAAGGGGGUAGAAGAAGUGGGGAGGGGUCUGGCAGGAAGAGGGCUUAUUAGGGCAGUGGCCCCAGAUCUGCUAGACCCUUGGACUUCUGACCUUCUCCUUUGCUCUCUGGUGCAUGUCCUUUGUGUAGCUGCCUUUUGCAUUGGGUGGUUCCCCUGGAGGGGGGCUGACAUAGACAGUGCAAGGUUGGGAAACCAAAGGUGCAUUUACUCCAGAUUCUUCCCUGCUCAGUGAGGGGAUAUCUAGUGCUUCUAGGGAGCAGAUGGGGUAGGGUGGCUGUCCCUGGUAUUAGCCUCUGCUAUUGAUCUCCCCCUGGAAAUUUUG